AACCAUGUCUGACUCCUUAAAAAAAAAAAGAACAAGGGAGGGGGAAGACAAGGAGCGAAGAGAAACAUAAGGGCAGAGGAAAAAUACCUUAUAACUGCCUUGAGAGAGGCACAAAAACAGGGAGAAUGAGAAACAGGAGUCAUACGAGUCACAGAAGACGCUGUCGAGAUUCAAGAAGGGGGACGGCAGACCAUUCAAAAGCUCUUUUCUCCCCUGUGAAAACAGGAUUACUUCUCAUCAUAGAAACACAUGCUGCCUCUGAUCAGGAUUUUCAACGUUGAGUCUGUGGGAAUACCCAUUUAAUCAGGGUUUACAGUGCAAGUGUUAAGGCUGUCCAAAGGACGACCUGCCAAACAACAUUCGCAUGGACUGCGAUCUGUUCUCCACUAUCAUCUCCAUCAGACUAGACUGGCAGCUACGUGGACACUGGGAUUUGUGUGCGGGUCUCUGAUGUGCACACCCUUUGGACCGGCACUGUGCCGUCUGCUAUGUUGAUGACACUCUGCUGCUUCCUCGAACCCUACGGGUUGGGCUGGAUCAGAAUGGGAGGUUAAAAGGGCAAAUAGCAUCAUGGGAGCCAAACAAAUGAAAUGCCUCAGUUCAUCCAGUCCAGCACACACACCCAAGGAAGAGUAUAUUAUUGCCAAAUCUGAAGAUUCAGGAGAGCUAGUGUGGAACCACACAGAGCAACCACAAAGCCUAGAGGAUGUAGUGAAAUCUUCAGCCACAGAGCCGUCUCCUGGCCCAGAGCAUGCUGGGAAAGAGGAAAGCAGCACAUGGGAGGAACAGCUAUGUGCCCAGCAGGAACAGCUGGAGAAGGAGAUGCAAGAGACCAGGAAAAUGGUGACUAGGCUUCAGGUAAGUUAUUUGCACAUAUUUACAUUGUGCAUUGUUUUUGCGACAUCAGGCUGUGAGAAUAACGGCUACGACAGACUUCUUCAGCAGCAGCAGCAAGCAAAAGUGGAUGAUGCAUUGCUCAGGAUCAGUGAAAGCUAUCAUAGGUUGUCAGGCUGUGAGAAUAACGGCUACAGUCACAUGAUGGACACAUCCUCCGCUGUUUUCCAAUACAGAAUGGGGGAUGAGCUACAGCUGGUGCGAGAUGCUCUGCGCAGUCUGAGGGACAGUUUCAGCGGUCAUGACCCGCAGCACCACACGCUGGACACGCUGGAGCAGGGUGUGGCCAGUCUGGUGGACCGCCUCCACACCACCGAGAACAAGAAAAGGCAGGAGAGAAAGAGUUCAACUACGUCUCCUGGACGAAAAGCCAAUCACACAGACCGAGAAUCAUGGCCAUCAACCUCAAAGAUGGCUCAUUCUCACAGUAGCCCUGUUCUUAGUGCAGCAGCCUCAACCAAAGUACUCUACUAUACAGAUCGCUCUCUCACACCCUUCUUGGUCAACAUCCCUAAGAGGCUGGGGGAGGUCACGCUACAGGAUUUCAAGGUGGCUGUGGACAGACAUGGCAGUUUCAGAUAUCACUUCAAAUCUCUGGAUCCAGAGUUUGGAACAGUGAAGGAAGAGGUGUUUCAGGACAAUGCUGUUAUUCCUGGAUGGGAAGGGAAGAUUGUCGCAUGGGUGGAGGAGGAUCACAGAGAGGGGAGAUAGAGCAUGAGGGUUUGAUCCAUUCAGAAUGUAUGUUUUACCCUACAUAUGUAUACCUCAUCCCUGCAAAACUCUGAAGCCUUUGUCCUGUCCUAACUGUGAAUCUCACUGAACCAGUUCACUAUGUCAUUACAGCAGGCCAGUGUUUGUAAAAUAGGGUUAUAUGCAUUUUUAAGAAUGAAAGAAGAAUUAAUUUUUUAACUUUAUUAAAAAAUAGUUUACAGCUAAAUACUGAUGUUUUUGAGUGCACUGAGGUUAUGGUACAUUCUGUUUUCCAAAAUCUAGUGUUUCAGCAUUGCCAUUGUGAUAAGUGAUCAAGAAAAGAAGAUUAUUUAAAACUUGUAUUUGUCUUGUGCAGUGACAAAUAAUAAACAUGUUGCAUUAGUUGCCAAACUUUGACAAGCAUAUAACACAUUGUGUGCAUGUAUUGUCCUGCCAGAAAAAGGCAAUUUUAAGAAAACAUAUCAUCAAAAAUGUCCGCAUUCACGGUAAUAUAUUUUUCACUAAAAUGUGUUAACCUUUCUUGACUAUCCUUUGAAAGUAAGGGGUGGUAAAAGCUUUGUUUGUAAAAAUGUGUAACAUUUGAACAUAUUGAAAUAUUCCUUUUGAAAAUGAUUGUACUUUUCCUAUCAAGUUUGCAUGUCUGUUCAUAGUGUUUGGUAUCUGUGUUGUAAAUGCAAAUGCAGUUGACACUUGUCCACCUUUUAUUAAAGGCUUUCU